AUGGUUUGGAUCGCCUUGCUGCUGCUAUGCGCGCUGCAGCCAUGGACGGCGGCGGCGAUGCGAGCCGACUACCUGGCGCAGCUCCGCCAGGAAACGGUAGACACAUUCUACCACGGCUUCAGCAACUACAUGAAGCACGCCUUUCCAGAGGACGAGUUGCGGCCGCUCACCUGCUCCUCGUUGACGAGAGAUCGCGACAACCCGGGACGGAUCGAGCUCAACGACGCACUCGGGAAUUACUCCCUGACCCUCAUCGAUAGCCUCUCGACACUCGCAAUACUCGCCGGAGGGCCGCAAGACGGGAGAUACACCGGACCACAGGCCCUUAGCGACUUCCAAGACGGCGUGGCGGAGUUUGUGCGGUACUACGGUGAUGGGAGGACGGGCCCGUCCGGCGCGGGCGUUCGAGCGAGGGGCUUUGAUCUGGACAGCAAGGUCCAGGUCUUCGAGACGGUCAUUCGUGGGGUCGGCGGUCUUCUCAGUGCACACUUGUUUGCGAUCGGAGAGCUGCCCAUUCCGGGUUAUGAAGCAAAGCCCCUGGACGGGUUCCCGACCGACGACCCGUUGGAGUUGCCGCCGAUACCGUGGCCGAACGGCUUCAAGUACGACGGCCAGCUCCUGAGGCUGGCGCUCGACCUAUCUCAGAGGCUUCUCCCAGCGUUUUACACCACCACAGGCAUACCGUACCCGCGCGUCAACUUGCGUUCGGGGAUCCCGUUUUACGUCAACUCGCCGUUGAACCAGGCGUCCGCCGACACGGCAGAACCGGAGGGCCGGCCAGAGAUCACAGAGACGUGCAGCGCCGGCGCCGGCAGUCUGACGCUCGAGUUCACAGUGCUGAGUCGUCUGACUGGCGACCCGCGCUUCGAGCAGGCGGCCAAGCGGGCCUUCUGGGAGGUCUGGCGCAGGAGGAGCGAGAUCGGCCUCAUUGGGAAUGGCAUCGACGCGGAGCGCGGACUGUGGAUAGGCCCUCACUCGGGUAUCGGAGCCGGCAUGGACAGCUUUUUCGAGUACGCGCUCAAGAGCCACAUCCUGCUCUCCGGCCAAGGCAUGCCCAACGCGUCGACGUCUCGACGCCACAGCACCACCGACUGGCUUGACCCAGCGUCCCUCCAUGGGCCGCUCCCGCCUCAGAUGCACUCCGCGGACGCGUUCCUCGAAGCCUGGCACCAGGCGCAUGCGUCCGUCAAGCGCCACAUCUAUACCGACCGCAGCCAGUACCCCUACUACUCCAACAGCCACCGCGCAACCGGCCAGCCGUACACCAUGUGGAUCGACAGCCUUGGCGCCUUCUACCCGGGUCUCCUCGCUCUCGCCGGCGAGGUCGAAGAGGCCAUUGAGGCGAACCUCGUCUACACGGCGCUGUGGACGCGUUACUCGGCGCUUCCAGAACGCUGGUCCAUCCGCGAGAACAACGUCGAGGCCGGCAUCGGCUGGUGGCCCGGUCGACCCGAGUUCAUCGAGUCCACGUACCACAUAUACCGGGCGACGCAGGACCCGUGGUACUUGCACGUCGGCGAGAUGGUCCUCAAGGACAUCCGUCAGCGGUGUUACGCGCCCUGUGGGUGGGCGGGCCUGCAGGAUGUGCGGACGGGCGAGCAGCAGGACCGCAUGGAGAGCUUCUUCCUCGGCGAGACGACCAAGUACAUGUACUUGCUGUUUGACCCGAGCCACCCCCUGAACAACCUCGAUGCGGCGUACGUCUUCACCACGGAGGGGCACCCGCUUAUCAUACCCAAGAAGAAGAACUCGAGGCCACAGAAAGCGCCACGCGGCAACCGGAAAGACGUAUCCACGUACAGCUAUUACGAUGAAGCGUUUACGAAUUCAUGCCCCGCGCCGGCAAAGCCAGACUCACUAUCCGGUUCCAUCACCGCCGCGCGGCCGCAUCUGUUUGACGCCUCCCGGUUCACGGACCUGCACAACACGCCCAACCUCCACGGGCCUCUCGAGAUGGUCCAGAUAGAGGACAAGAAGAAGGGCCGCAUCAUCCAGCGCAGAGCCCUCUCCAAUCACACGCUCUUCCCCUGGACCCUGCCGCCAAGCCUGCUGCCUCAGAACGGGACAUGCGCCGCCCCGAUCCCGCGCGUCAUCUCGGCCAUCGAGUUCCCCGCCAGCGACGCCGCGAGCUCGCUCAUGUCCAAGUUUGGCGCCUCGCUGGUGUGGUACAACUACGCGGGCCCGACGGUCAAGAACCUCGAGGGCCUGCGGCUCCAGCUGGAGAGGGAACCUGGUGACGACCCGGGUGGCGACAACGUCUGGAGGAUCACGCACGUCGGGAGCACGCAGCUGGGGCGCCACGAGACUGUCUUCUUCCACGCUGAGCACGUCAGUCACCUCAAGGACGAGGCGUUCACGUGCAGGCGUCGCCGCGACUCGGUCGAGAUUGAGCUCCUGGUUGACGUACCGCCGCAACAGAACGCGACCAUGCCCAUCGUCGCGGACAGCACCGCGCCGCCUACGCAGUCGGCUUCGGACGACGACGCGCACGACGACCUCAUCCCCAUCCCCUCCGAGUCCCUCCUCAAGCACCUCCUGCGCGCCGUGUCGUCCGUCUUCGAGCCCUCGCACACGGACGCGCCCUCCGCCGACGAGCCCUCCGCCGCCGCCACCAUCCUCUCCUUCUUCGGCCACACGGCCGUCGGCGCGGGCGCGCACCCCGUCCCCGCCCUCGCAGCCGACACCCCCAUCCUCGGCUCCCCCGGCUACGACACCACCGACCCGGCCGCCAACUUCCCCUGGACGACCAUCUACCUCGCGGGGCACGCCUGCGACGGGCCCCUCCCCGACGCCGCGCCCCGCGAGCACCAGCUCAUCGUCAUGCGCCGCGGCGGCUGCUCCUUCAGCCACAAGCUCGAUAACAUUCCAAGCUUCUCCCCCGCGCACGCCGCCCUCCAGCUCGUCGUCAUCGUCGACGAGGGCGACGAGGGCUCCCGCCUCGACGCCGGCGUGGACAGGCCCCUUCUCACGUCGGAGCAGCGCACCCCCAAGGGCAUGAAGCGCGUCCACGGCGUGCCCCUCGUGCUCGUCGGCGGGGAGCGCGGCGACUACGAGCGCUUCGGCGAGGCCGUCGCGGCAGGCAUGCGCAGGAGGUACCGCAUCGAGAGCCAGGGCCUGGUCAUUGCCAAUGCCGUCGUCAUAUAG